AUGAUAAAAAUAUUUCAAAUUAACAAGCGCUUUAUUUAUUGGCCACCUAAAAAUAAAUUAAGGACAUUAAGGUUCCCAUCAGGGAAAAAAAGUUUCAUUUUUGUGGGUAAAAGAGACGAGGAUGGUAAAGAAGAGCCCGUAUUAUGUUUUGUCGAUAACCAAAAUCAAAAAUUGACAUGGAUGAAUGAAGAAGAAGUUUUAAAUUUCGAAAAAUUGAUGCCCAGACUGGACAGCUAUUUUUCCUUAUAUAUACAAAAAGCACAAAAAGUAAAUGAACAAAAUAUGCAACUAAUUGAAGAAAUGCACAAAACAUUUCAUGAGUAA